CUAUAUAUAGUCGUUAGGGCACUAGCAUUUUCUCCUUGCAAAACAAACAUCACACCCUAUAACUUGUGAGCCCUUUCCUCUCCCUUCUACCAACAAUGGCAAUGAUCUUAGAUUUCUUUGUCUCAAAAUUCAUGACAAUCACUGCCAACAUGGUGGAGGUAGAGAUCUUUAAGGUGCUCGGUGUCGAUAAGGAGAUCAAAGCUCUUCAAGAAAGGUUGGGGACAAUCAAUGGUUAUCUCCACCGGGCAGAGGAAAAGAAGCAUGAGAAUGAUGAAAUUGAUUUAUGGGUGCGGAAGUUGAAGGAUGUCAUGUAUGAUGCUGAUGAUGUUAUUGAUCUUUGUAUGAUUGAAGGGGGAAAGUUAUUGAAAGCUCAAGCUUUGUCAGGUUCAACGACUAUAAACAUCCCUUUCAGCUAUCUCUUUUCAUGCUUCCAAUGCCUUAAAUAUCGCCAUGAUAUUGCUAACCAGAUUAUAGCACUAAAUAAUAGGUUGGAAGAUUUGAAAAAAGAUAUAGUUAUAAGAAGUAACUUGGAUCGAACAGCCAAAGAAUCAAUCGAAUAUGUUAAUAGAUUGGUUACCCAUGAAACAUCUCACUUACAAGUUGAAGGGGAUAUUAUAGGAACACAAAUAAAAAAUGCUACUGAGGUAUUAGUUAAUUUGAUACUCGAGAAUAACCCUAAGAAGUAUCGUGUUCUUGGAGUUGUGGGAACAGGAGGAAUUGGAAAGAGUACUCUAGCAAGCAAAAUAUUCGAGGAUGAAAAGAUCAAAGAUAAUUUUUCAAAUAGAAUAUGGUUGUAUGUUUCUAAAAAUUACACAGAGUCUGAUUUGUUAAAAAAACUAAUUAGGUCUGUGGAAGGAAAUGAAACCAAAGGAGAAAACCUUGAAGGAAAAAGUAAAGUGGAAUUAGAAAAUAAACUUGUGUCUAUUCUUACUCAAAAUACUUUUAUUGUGCUAGAUGAUGUAUGGAAGUCAUCUGUGUGGGUAGAUUUCUUGAGAAAACCUAUAAUGAAAAGUGCAACAAGUUGUACGGUCUUAGUUACCUCUAGAAUAGAAAAGAUCGUAAUGCUAAUGAAGCCUAGAUAUAUACAUCCAGUUGAAAAAAUGGAUGAAGAAAGUGGUUGGACUUUGCUUAAACAUUUAGUAUUUGAUGUUGAAGGAGAUGAAGACGAGAUAUCAAGCUUUGAAGAAAUAGGAAUUAAACUUGUCAACAAAUGUGAUGGCUUGCCUCUUGCGAUUAAAGCUAUUGCAGGGGUUCUAUACCAACAAAACAAAGCAAAAUGGGAGGAUGUUCUUGAAAGUGAUGCAUGGAAUAUGGAUCAGAUUGAGGAAGAAUUAAGACCUUUAUAUUUGAGUUACGAAGACUUACCAUCUAGAUUGAAACAAUGUUUUCUCUAUUGCUCUUUGUAUCCUCAAAAAGAUAUGUAUUCUAAGGAGAUUGUUCAGUUUUGGAUCGCCGAAGGUCUUAUUAUGGAUGAACAAGAUGAAUUGAGGAGGGAUAUUCCAAAUAAAAAGCAGAGAACAAUGGAAGAUCUAGGGGAGGAGAUUUACAGGGAGUUACUUGGUAGAAAUCUCUUAGAAGCUAUAAGAAAUGAUUUGUCCAAGAGUUUCUUCUCUAUGCACGAUCACUUCAGAUCACUUUGUGCAAAUUUACUGAGAGAGGAAGGGGUUUUAUAUCGACAUGGUAGAGAAUUCAAAGUAGAUGAUAAUGUGAAAAUUCGACGGCUGUCAAUCUCUUGUAUGGGGCCUAUGCUAGUGUUACCGGCUCAAAUUCUAAGACAAGCUUGUUUGAGAACUCUAAUUCUCACGGACUCCCCUCAAACCAAGACAAUCGAAGAUAGUGUUCUGCAAGCAUUACUGUGUUUGCGAGUUUUGGAUCUCACAAAAACAUCAAUUGAAAAGAUUCCAGAUUGCAUUGGAGAUUUGUUGCAUUUAAGAUAUCUAGAUCUCGAUGAAACAAAUAUUCGUGAGAUUCCGACAACUAUCGGGAACCUUGUAAACCUUCAGAGUCUGAAUAUCUUAAGGUGUAAGUUCUUGGAAAGACUUCCUGUGUCCAUCACUAAGUUGCAUAAUCUAAGAUGGCUUAACAUGAUUGGCUGUCCACUGCUCACUUAUGUGCCCAAGGGAAUUGGGAAACUGGAAAAUAUCUAUAGCCUUUACGGAUUUAUGAUUGGACAGAAUGACUCAACCUCUGAAGAAGGUUGUGAUUUAGAAGAGCUGAAAAAUCUCUCCAAGUUGAGAGUCCUAAUCAUUCUGAGGCUUGAGAGGGCAGAAAAAGGAGCCUCUGCACUUGCAAACAAGCCAUUUCUUAAGGAGCUUACGCUGUCAUGGAUGCGACCAAAUGAGGAGGAAGAUGACAAUGGUGGAGGGCACGAUGCUCAAGCCAAUGAAGAAGAAGAUGGUGAUGGCAAGGAUGAUGGCUCUGGACAACGAACUGAAACUAAAGAGGAAGAAGAAGACGAAAAUGAGGAGGUGGAGGAUGAGGGUGAGGAAGAAGAAGACGAAAAUGAGGAGGUGGAUGGUGAGGAAGAAGAAAAAGGAUGGAAUGAGGAGCAAAUCAGUAAAGCCGAGAGGAUAUGCAAUGAAAUGUCUCAGCCUUCAUCAACCUUGGUCCACCUUCACUUCUAUGAGUACUGUGGCCGACAGUUCCCGAGCUGGAUGGCAUCCUCUUCCUUGGCUGAAUCUUUUCCAAACUUGACGUAUUUGAAGCUUGUUGGUUUGCCAUGUUGCACGGAGCUCCCUCCCUUGGGUACACUGCCUCAGCUCAAGUUCCUCAGUAUUGUAAGUGCAAACGCCAUAACAGCCAUUGGGUCUCAAUUUCUCGGAUCGAGAAGCUCUGCAUUUCCCAAACUUGAAGUGCUCCGAUUCGAAGACAUGCCCAAAUGGGAGGAGUGGGCAUUCAAGGGAACACCUCUUGCAGUGAAGUUGUUUCCGAGUCUCAGGAGUUGUGCUAUUAUCAACUGCCCAAAGCUAAGAGCUCUUCCUGACGGCCUCCACCGAGCCGCCAACCUCAACGAACUGUACUUGUUCCAAACGUAUGAGCUACGUGAGAUCAAUAACCUCCCCUUGGCUUACAAGCUUAAGGUCUCAAAUGGCAGAUGGUUGAAGAAGAUUUCCAACAUCCCGUUAUUAAGAUAUCUUGAGGUGGGUAACUGUCCCAACUUGGAGUGCGUGGAGAAUCUCGACAAGCUGCAGCAUUUGGUGUUGAUAUGUUCAGAGGAAAUGGAGCAGCUCCCGCAGUGGUUCCAGGACUUGAUCGAGCAGCAUAACAACAUGGCCAGCAGUCACAGGAGUUUGAAGAAGUUUGAGAUGCACUGCAAUCUUCAACUGCUAAUGAGCUGUCUCGAAGGCAAUGAGAAUUGGGACAUUAUCAAGCAUAUUCCUGUUGUCAAAAUACAGACAUAUUCCAGCAAAGAGUACAUCCGAUAUACCAAGGAUCCCUACAACUAUGAUGCAAACAUUCCUUCUAAUUGAGAUAGUGUCAAAAAAAGAUAUGCUUUCUUCAAUUGUACUGAUGAAGGUGUGAUUUGUAUGGUGCUGUUUGCGUUUGCUUCUUUCUACAUUUGGUUUGAUUACUUUACAUUUGGUGAAGAUGUUAUUUGUGUGUAUUUAUGUUUGCAUUUUCUUCAAUUGUACUGGUGAAAGUAUGAUUUGUAUGGUGCUGUUUGCAUUUGCAAGUCUGUACGUAUGUAUUUUCUGUAUCAGGAUGUAAUGAACACAUUCAUAUAGGACCUGUCUUUUUUUUUUUUUGUACAUCUAUUUGUUUCUCAACCAUCUCUUAGGUCAAAGAGUACAUACUCUACACCAAAGAGCCCUACAACUCUGAUCCACAUGUUGCUUCUGAUUGAAUAAGGAUGGCGUCGGCAAAUGCACUGAUCACUUUGUGUGUUUCUUCAAUUGUAUUGGUGAAGGUGUGAUUCCAUGGUGCUGUUUGCAUUUGGAAUUGAACUGGGUGUCGAUUUGUCAGAGAAACAAGUCAAUUUAUAGAAGUGUAUUUCAAAAGACCAAGUUAGGCAGGAUCUUCAUUUACAAAUCAGGAUGAGAUACAGUUGAGAAAGAUUGCAAUGUUGCAGCUUCAUGUGGUCUAAUUGGCACAUGGCAUGUCUGCGGCACUCUCUAGAUAUGCAUACCCCAACCUUCUCCGAUUCACAAGCAAGCGAAACUUUAGAGUUACAAAGGAGGCCUGCAGCUACAAUUGGGAUUCAGGCUUGUUGGUGGUGGUGCUGAAGGCAAGUUCUCAAGUGGAAACUGAAGCACUUUUGACAACAUUGUUAUUCUCUCUUUGUGCAUUGAUUCAGAAUGGCUUUUGAAAAGCAAUUCCACCAUUUUCACUUGUUUUAAACUAUGAAAAGGCGAUCGUGGUCAUCAUGAUCAUGUGCUCACUUGAAUUAAGUAAUGAGUUAAGGUCUUAUUUAUCCCUA